CUACAGGCGUGUCAGCCACGGCAACUUUGCGCUUGGUGUUUUCAUCAAUAAAGCUGUUGGUUCUUUGCAUACAAGAGUCGAACCUAUGCACAAGCCAUAUCUCAGUUAUUCCAAAACCAUGGAUCUGUCCUCCCUCUCAAUCUUAUCACCGAUCCUAUUACUCUUUUCUUUGUUUGAUCGCAUAUCCUACUGUCACCAGCAAUAUGUUGACAAUAACCAACUUAACUGCCCUUUCAAUUUAGCUGAAGGCAAAGGUUACCCCUGCAAUGACCCUCAAACUCAAUGCCAGGCCUUCCUGACCUUUCGAUCUACCUCUCUAUACAACUCACCGCUCGCCAUCGCAUUGCUGCUCCACUCAGAUGCAUCGGACAUGGCCAAAAUCAACAACAUCAAAUCCGCUGCCGAAGUGAUGCCUUCUGAUAAGUUGGUCAUAGUUCCAGUUCCUUGCGAUUGCACUGGAAGUAUUUACUUGCACCAGGCCAAUUACACUGUGGUGAUGGGUGACACCUAUUACGUCAUAGCCAAGGAUAAAUUCCAGGGCCUGUUGUCUUACAGGGCUAUAGAAGAUCAGAACUACUAUUCCGGCCCCAUGGAUGUUAGGAUAGGUGUACCGCUGAUGAUUCCACUAAGAUGCGCAUGCCCAAGUGCUGACGAGACAGCUAAUGGGGUUAAAUCCUUGCUUACAUAUUUUGUGACACACAACGAUUCUGUGGAUUCAAUUUCGGAAAGCUUCGGUGUUGCUGCGCAAAGCGUUCUGGAAGCAAAUCCGAUGACGAACACCUCUGCACUAUGCCCUUUUAGUACCAUCCUCAUUCCCCUAAAUUGUGCAAAAAAUUCCAAGAGUUCCUUCUGUUAUUGUUGCAAUGGAUAUGCCGAAGGUGGGCUACGAAACGGCCUCAAUUGCAUGCCUGACCAGAAGAAGUUUCCUUUCAAGCUGGUUCUCGUUAUAGGUGCUGGCAUUGGUGUGGGAUUCUUGUGUCUUUCGCUUUUCAGCUAUUGGCUAUACAGAUAUCUAAGGAAAGACAGAAUUGCCAAGCAGAAACUGUUCGAGCAAAAUGGUGGUUUGCUGUUGCAACAAAAGUUCGCACCUUAUGGAAGAGAUGGAAGAGCAGCAAUAUUCUCUGAAGAAGAUCUGCGAAGAGCAACAGAUAACUACAGUGAAAGCCGGUUUCUUGGUCAAGGAGGAUUCGGCACAGUGUACAAAGGGAUGCUGCCAGAUGGUACCAUAGUUGCUGUGAAGAAGUCAAAGAUCAUCAACAGGGACCAAACUGAGCAUUUUAUCAAUGAAGUGGUUGUUCUAUCACAAGUUAAUCAUCGGAACAUUGUAAAAUUGAUAGGAUGUUGUUUGGAGACCAAGCUUCCUUUACUAGUGUAUGAGUUCGUCCCUAAUGGCACCUUGUCACAGCAUAUUCAUCAGCAGGACAAAGAUUGUUCCCUUUCAUGGGAAGACCGGUAUAGAAUUGCAUGUGAAGUCUCUCAAGCAGUAGCGUACAUGCAUUCUGCAGCUUCAAUUCCCAUUUAUCAUCGAGACAUAAAGCCGUCAAACAUUCUGCUGGAUGACAAGUACGCUGCAAAAGUCUCUGAUUUUGGUACCUCAAGGCCGGUUCCAUUAGAAAAAACUCACCUGACAACGGCUGUGCAAGGGACCUUUGGAUACUUGGACCCGGAGUACUUCCGAUCCAGUCAGUUCACAGAUAAAAGUGAUGUGUACAGUUUUGGAGUUGUGCUUGUUGAGUUACUUACGGGGCAUAAGCCAACAUCCUUCUCAGGAGAUGAGGACGGAAGACAUCUAGUUGCUAGCUUUGUCAUGCUAAUGAAGGAGAGCCGUUUGUCAAAGAUCCUAGAUCCUGUUGUGGCCAAUGAAGCGAAGGCCGAGGAGGUUCUUGUAGUAGCAAUGCUUGCCAUGAGGUGUUUGAAAAUGAAUGGGAGAAAGAGGCCUCCCAUGAGAGAGGUUGCCAUGGAGCUUGAAGGACUAAGGAAAUCUCAAAGUUUCUCUCAGACCGGCCAAAAUCCUUGUGCAUUUGAAGAUGGACUACCUGAUGAAGCCAGUGAAGAAUCGAUAGAUAGCACAUCCAUGUCACUUGAAGUUGUAUCAAUCUCUGUAGAGACAUCGAGCUAGAACAUUCGGUGUUCAUACUGAACUUGAUGUUUCUUUAUCCUAGACAGCUUUGGGGGUAGGGCAUGUCCCAUGCAGUUAGCAGCAGCAAUUAUUAAAAUCACCAGAAGAUACCUUUCACUCAAAUGAUUCUCUUUUACUUUAUUUCAGCUUGAUGUUUUUCUUAAGCACCGGAUACCUAACCAAACUUUAUUCAAAA